AUGGAGGCGCAGGACCGACCACAGCCCGGGACCAAGCCCAGUACCAACCGCGUCAGGCCCGGGAAAGGCGAUGUGAAGGUAGGCCUACGGCUGACCUCAAGUGGAUUUAGAACGGUACUCCAUGCACAUUGUUUACCGUACUCGACUAAUACACUAACAGUACAUAUUUUGGGUUGUGGCCCCAGACAAGCACACCUGAUUCUACUUGUCAACUAAUCAUCAAGCCAUUGACUAGGUCAGGGGUGUCAAACUCAUUCCAUGGAGGGCCUAGUGUCUGCAGGUUUUUGGUUUUUCCUUUCAAUUAAGCCCUAGACAACCAGGUGUGGGGAGUUCCUUACUAAUUAGUGACCUUAAUUCACCAAUCAAGGACAAGGGAGGAGUGAAAACCCGCAGCCACUAGGCCCUCCGUGGAAUGAGUUUGACACAUGUGGACUAGGUGAAUCAGGUGUUUUUGUCCAGGGCUACAACAAAUGUGUGCUGUUGGGGGUACUACUCAAGGCCCGGAGUUGGGAAACACUGCUCUAGUCUACAGGCAACAGGUCUCUCCUUUCCAGUCUUCAGUCCAACCACACACUAGCGGUUCUGGGGUUCUUGACAACAAGCUUGGACCCCCUUGUGGCCCCCCUAAAUGCGGAGUCUGAAAUAAUUAUCACAUUUUUUUUACAUCAGUUAUUAGAUCGUGGCAAAGCGCAACACUAAAGCAACCCAACACAUUUUCUAGUGGGACUCCUUUAGGCGGAAUACAACAGUAUUUUACCACAUGGAUCUGCCAGUUUUUUUCUAUUCAGAAGUUGAAAGAAAUUCGGCGCGAAUUAUAUCGUUCAAGCAAGAAGAAGGAAAUAAAGAGAGGUGAGCAAAAUGUUUAAUAUGUUGUAUUUGUAACAUAGGUAACUACUAAAUGCAUUACAGAAGUGUAACGUUAGAUCAGCUAAUGUUAAACUGGCCGUGUGUUACUUUCUUUGUGAAUGAUUAACGAAUUAGCUUGAAUCCUGGGCUAUGUAUUCGUUUGCAUUGUUUUUGGUUUAGUUUUGUAGCUAAUUCUAACAGUCAGGCAUCGAAAAUGUAUGGCAAUAUGAAAGAGGAUGUAAUAUUUGAUCAAAAACGCAUGGUGCUGAGUGCUUUUACUUAAACCACACUCAGUAAACGCAUUGUAACGUUAAAAGGUUAGACAUGAAAGCUAGCUACCUAGCAAGUCAAUUAUUUUCAGGAAAUGAAUUAAUAAGCUUGGUCCCCAUUGCUUUUGCUCUACAGUUCUCACCAAAAUGAAGAGAAAAAAGGACUUAAUGUCCUUCUUUCAAAGAAAAGACAAGGCAGAAAGUCAGAGCCAGAGGGUCAUGGAGAGAGCAGAGAGCAUGCAGAGAGAGAGCAGGAAGACUUGUCCAUUGGAGAGACUGAGAGUGAAGGCAUAGUAGAGCAGGAAGGUGAGACAGAUGGAGAGGCUGAGGGGAACAUAGAGGCUGAGAGUGAGACAGAGGUGCGUCCACAAGCAGUGGACCAUCAGUAAAUCUGUGGUUACUUGUAAAGCAGUGCAAUAAGUCAGUUUAUGUGGUGUAUAGAAAUGUGUCGGUUUAUGAUUUAAAUGAUCUCAUUUAACAUGCUGUUGGGCUUGUGAUAUAGAUAUCAGAUGGAUUUCAGAAGUUGUCUGAUGGCAUGUGUCUAAAAUUACCCAAAUAGAUACUUUUAAUUAUAGUUUUUUUUCUUCGACAGAUAUCAGCAAAUCCAGAGAGGACCCACCGGUGCAGCCAGUGAUGAACAUGGACCCAAGAACUCUGAUGGGGGACAGGAGGAGGAGCUUCAAGGCUGCCUGAUACCACAUCCACCCCUGGCUUGAUUAUUCAAAAAAAUCAGACUGUGUUUUGUUACGCCUGCAGGCAUUUUAGCCCUCCCAAAGUCUCAGAGACUGUAUUUGAUUCAAUUGGGUUUUAACAACUGUAAGAAGGCAACUUACAAAGAGGGGGGAUUUGCAAUUCAUGUAAGGUCUGAGUGGCACAAACAAGCAAUGAUUACAUGGAGAGACUAUCAGAAAGAUAUAACAAGUAAUGCAACACUGGUAAAUGCCCUAAACAAGCAACACAACAAACAGGUUCAAGAAAAUCGGGACUAUAUUAAAACAAUAGGAGAAGUACUACUACUUACAGCCACACAAAACAUUGCACAGAGGACACGAUGAGUCUGCUAAUAAAGGAAACUUCAUGGCAAUCCUAGAAACAAUAGCUAAGCAUGACACAACUGUGAAAAAAAGGUUGACUUCCAUAAUGCAAAAUACACAAGCAAAGGGAUUCAGAAUGAGGUUCUGAGUUGUUUGGCAGACAUGGUUAGAACAAAAAUUAUAGAAGAAUUUAAAGACAGUGAGGUCUUAAGCAUAAUGGCAGACGAAACAAAAGAUGUAAUAAAAAAUAAAAAAAAGAGCAGAUAUCUCUAGUACUCAGGUACUAUUUCAGUGGAGCUGUCCAUGAGAGCUUUCUCCACUUUGAAUCGGCUGAUCGACUAGAUGCAGCAGGGCUUACUGACAAAAUCAUACACGUAUUCGAAAGUCAUGGUCUUGAAUACUAAAACAGCCCAGUAGGCCAAGCAUAUGACGGUGCUUCAGUUAUUCAGGCGUCCAGGCACGCGUUAAAGAACAAGCAAAGCAUGCCUUUUACAUCCACUGCAGUGCACACUGUCUAAACUUAGUUUUAGUGGAUACAGUCAAAGCUGUCCCUGUGGUAGGACAGGUUCUUCUCCUUACUAGAAAGACUAUGUCUUCACAGCUGGGUCAUAUGUGCAUAAAAAAUGGCUUAGUGUACAAAGAGAGAUGUACCCAGGUGCACCUAGAGAGCUUCAGAGACUAAGUGACACUCGCUGGGCAUGUCGAUAUAUGGCUCUACAUACUAUUAGGGAUAGAUUGCCUGCAAUUAAGUGAGUCCUGCAAGACAUAGUCCAAGAACACAAUGGUAACAUCUGUUGAGGCAUGAGGUCUGCUUGCACAGAUAGAUUUACAAUUCAUUGUGUGCCUUGUUACACUCCAUAAACGUUUUGGAGAAGCAACAUUUCUAUCAGAUAUGCUACAGUCUUCAUCACUUGACCUGUCAAAGGCUGUUGAUUUAGUUGAAGCCUUAGUUCAAACUUUGAAUGACUACAGGGAUGAGUCAUUUUUUGACGACUUAUGGGAUGAAGUGUUGAACACAGCUGAGCAAUGUUAUACUGCAAUACAGCCCCCUGCAAAACAACCAAAAAAGCUAAGGUCUCAAUUUAAUGGAGACUGUGUACUCAGUACAGUAGGUCAGAUUCAGAAAUAGAUAAAGACAGUUUUCGUACAACCUUUUUCUACCCUGUCUUAGAUCAGAUGCUCAAUGAGCUCAACAGACGAUUCUCUAGCAAAAACUGUGACAUAAUGAAUGGCGUCCAAACUCUAAACCCCAAAGGUGAUGCAUUUCUCAAAGAGAAGUCCCUGUUUCCAUUUGCUAGAAUGUAUGAAUCAAAUAUUGAGGACUUGGGGCAUGAACUACAUCAGUUCAGAAUAAUUUUACAAAAGAAAAUACAAUGGCGAAUAAAAAUGUAAGGUAAAUAAUAAAUUGUUGAAUGAUUAUAAACAUGGUCUUUUGCCUAUUAAUACAGUUUAGAAAACAAUGUCUAAUGUAACUGGCCCCUCUAACAGUACAACUGGCUUCAGGCUGGCCCCCCCAGUUGAAAUGGUCUAGAACUGCCACUGCAACCACAGUCAACAGUAACAUAAUCCACUGAAUAAAUUCAUCACAUCUGUAUUAAGAUAUAAAAACGUGAGUAUGCUGAGUUCAUGAAACCUUUGAAAGUCUGCCCCCUUCUGAAGAAUAAUUGUCACUAACCUAUAUACAUGUAUACAAAAAAACCAACUUAUAAAGCUGCAUUUAAAAAAACCUGACAGUACUACAAAAAAUGUUAAUCAUUACAGGUUGAAUAUUUCCUACUUAAUUCAACAUGGUUGCAAUCUACCAUGCCUCAGAGCCCUUGGUUACUAGACGUACAAGUUUAGACAAUUUCUAAAUUGUACAAAAAAUAAAUAAAAAUGUCCUUUCCUAGUGCUGGAAUCUGAGCAAAGUGUCUACAGUAGGCAGCAAAUAGCCUUAUUAGUUCCCAGAUGAGACACCCUCCUUGUUCUGUUAAAAUAGGAGCAACAUACACUACUCAAAAAAAUAAAGGGAACACUUAAACAACACAAUGUAACUCCAAGUCAAUCACACUUCUGUGAAAUCAAACUGUCCACUUAGGAAGCAACACUGAUUGACAAUACAUUUCACAUGCUGUUGUGCAAAUGGAAUAGACAACAGGUGGAAAUUAUAGGCAAUUAGCAAGACACCCCCAAUAAAGGAGUGGUUUUGCAGUUGGUGACCACAGACUACUUCUCAGUUCCUAUGCUUCCUGGCUGAUGUUUUGGUCACUUUUGAAUGCUGGCGGUGCUUUCACUCUAGUGGUAGCAUGAGACGGAGUCUACAACCCACACAAGUGGCUCAGGUAGUGCAGCUCAUCCAGGAUGGCACAUCAAUGCGAGCUGUGGCAAGAAGGUUUGCUGUGUCUGUCAGCGUAGUGUCCAGAGCAUGGAAGCGCUACCAGGAGACAGGCCAGUACAUCAGGAGACGUGGAGGAGGCCGUAGGAGGGCAACAACCCAGCAGCAGGACUGCUACCUCCGCCUUUCUGCAAGGAGGAGCAGGAGGAGCACUGCCAGAGCCAUGCAAAAUGACCUCCAGCAGGCCACAAAUGUGCAUGUGUCUGCUCAAACGGUCAGAAACAGACUCCAUGAGGGUGGUAUGAGGGCCCGACGUCCACAGGUGGGGGUUGUGUUUACAGCCCAACACCGUACAGGACGUUUGGCAUUUGCCAGAGAACUCCAAGAUUGGCCAAUUCGUCACUGGUGCCCUGUGCUCUUCACAGAUGAAAGCAGGUUCACACUGAGCACAUGUGACAGAGUCUGGAGACGCCAUGGAGAACGUUCUGCUGCCUGCAACAUCCUCCAGCAUGACCGGUUUGGCGGUGGGUCAGUCAUGGUGUGGUCUGGCAUUUCUUUGGGGGGCCGCACAGCCCUCCAUGUGCUCGCCAGAGGUAGCCUGACUGCCAUUAGGUACCGAGAUGAGAUCCUCAGACCCCUUGUGAGACCAUAUGCUGGUGCGGUUGGCCCUGGGUUCCUCCUAAUGCAAGACAAUGCUAGACCUCAUGUGGCUGGAGUGUGUCAGCAGUUCCUGCAAGAGGAAGGCAUUGAUGCUAUGGACUGGCCCGCCCGUUCCCCAGACCUGAAUCCAAUUGAGCACAUCUGGGACGUCAUGUCUCGCUCCAUCCACCAACGCCACGUUGCACCACAGACUGUCCAGGAGUUGGCGGAUGCUUUAGUCCAGGUCUGGGAGGAGAUCCCUCAGGAGACCAUCCGCCACCUCAUCAGGAGCAUGCCCAGGCGUUGUAGGGAGGUCAUACAGGCACGUGGAGGCCACACACACACUACUGAGCCUCAUUUUGACUUGUUUUAAGGACAUUACAUCAAAGUUGGAUCAGCCUGUAGUGUGGUUUUCCACUUUAAUUUUGAGGAUGACUCCAAAUCCAGACCUCCAUGGGUUGAUAAAUUUGAUUUCCAUUAAUAAUUUUUGUGUGAUUUUGUUGUCAGCACAUUCAACUAUGUAAAGAAAAAAGUAUUUAAUAAGAUUAUUUCAUUCAUUCAGAUCUAGGAUGUGUUAUUUUAGUGUUCCCUUUAUUUUUUUGAGCAGUGUAUUUCUCACUGAAGUGUUUUCAGGAUGCCACUCAUGCUACCAGUGUGGUACUUGAGGAGGAGGAGGACAUUAGCUAACCCUCCUCAGUGGAUUAGGGUGUGUGUGUGUGGCUUGCCCCCCCCCCCAGUCCUCUCCCCCUGGUCUUUCCCCAUCAGUGUAAAAAGCAUGUCAGGUCCUCUCGUAUCUCUGCCUCAUCCCAGGGUCCCUGUAUGUUAUCCUUGUCACUCUGCAGUCGGAUCAACUGCAGAGUCAGUCUCCCAACGCUGCAGCCAGCUCCCCCUGGCCACACACCCAAACCCCCGGGGGGCGUGCUCCCUCAGCUGCUGCAGCAGGCAAGGCCACAGGGUGAAAACUAACAGGGUCCAGCAGAGCAUGCUGAAGGUAUGGAGGGAGAGGAGUCCAGGCCCCAAGAGGUGGGGAGGCGAGAGGCCAGGCAGACUGAGGUGAACAGGACAGCGUUGAAAGAGGCUCCCAGGGGGAGUGGGCUGGGUGUAGGGGAAGGCCACCAGGUGGGCCAGCAGCAGCAACGCUGUCAUGGCGUACACCGUGUCUGUACUGACGGACUCUUAACGUCCUGAGGACAGGAGAGAACCCGAAGGUGAAGGAGAGGAAGAUGGAGGCACUCUGCAGGUCAGACCAACGUGUACACUGGUGGCUGUCUGAAUUCUCCCGCGGAGCCAGCGUUUGGUAGAGUCCGUAGCCCAGCAGGGCACAGAGCAGGCCGCUCCACAGCAGAGUGGAGGAGGAGAGCAGGCCCUGGAGGGAGAGAAGAUAGGGGCUAGACUUUACACAUGGCCUAAUGUGGCAAAGGAGUCUAAAACUGAAUUACAACCUAUUCCCUAUUAUAGUGCACAACUUUUGACUACAACCCUAGCUAUAUGAUUUACACUAUUGUUCUGGUCACAUUAGUGCACUAUGUGGAGAGUAGGUUGUCAUUAGAGCUUCACUGUAAGGUGUGUACCUGCUCCAUGUACAACCAGCAAGUGAGGAACAGAGCCACACAGGAGAUCUGUUGUGCCACCAGUCCUGCCUCCCGCACCACGGCCCAGUAGCGAUAUUGGCGGAGGCCCUCGUUCCUCCUGAGCUCCUCCAUGAAGCGGCAGUCCACGUAGUUAUCAGGGAAUGGCUGGCACUCCUAUAGCACCUUCCUCCAGGACACCGCUGGGCCUGGGGCCACCCCCAUCAACUGGACAAACACACCAGUCAUAACAUUUACAUUUUAGUAAUUUAGCAUAACCAUAGGCAAAUGAUUAAUCACAUAGAUCACAACUAGUAUAUUCCCUAUACUGCCCCACACAGCGACCACACCCUUCUGUCACACACGUCAUACCAGAAAUGAUAGAAUGAUGACAGAUGUCUUUCAUUAGUAGAAAUAAACAAACUACAGAGACAUGGGUAGUCAAAUUGGUGCUAUCGUUUCAGAGCACAACAUUAUCACAUAAAAAUGUAUGACAAGCACUGCCAGGUUUGUCUUGAAAGCUGAUAAUGGUUGUUAGCCAGUUAGCUAGCUAAAACGGCUAUCUGUGUCUUAGCUCUGGUAUUCCUAAAUACACUGCUCAAAAAAAUAAAGGGAACACUAAAAUAACACAUCCUAGAUCUGAAUGAAUGAAAUAAUCUUAUUAAAUACUUUUUUCUUUACAUAGUUGAAUGUGCUGACAACAAAAUCACACAAAAAUUAUUAAUGGAAAUCAAAUUUAUCAACCCAUGGAGGUCUGGAUUUGGAGUCAUCCUCAAAAUUAAAGUGGAAAACCACACUACAGGCUGAUCCAACUUUGAUGUAAUGUCCUUAAAACAAGUCAAAAUGAGGCUCAGUAGUGUGUGUGGCCUCCACGUGCCUGUAUGACCUCCCUACAACGCCUGGGCAUGCUCCUGAUGAGGUGGCGGAUAGUCUCCUGAGGGAUCUCCUCCCAGACCUGGACUAAAGCAUCCGCCAACUCCUGGACAGUCUGUGGUGCAAUGUGGCGUUGGUGGAUGGAGUGAGACAUGAUGUCCCAGAUGUGCUCAAUUGGAUUCAGGUCUGGGGAACGGGCGGGCCAGUCCAUAGCAUCAAUGCCUUCCUCUUGCAGGAACUGCUGACACACUCCAGUCACAUGAGGUCUAGCAUUGUCUUGCAUUAGGAGGAACCCAGGGCCAACCGCACCAGCAUAUAGUCUCACAAGGGGUCUGAGGAUCUCAUCUCGGUACCUAAUGGCAGUCAGGCUACCUCUGGCGAGCACAUGGAGGGCUGUGCGGCCCCCCAAAGAAAUGCCACCCCACACCAUGACUGACCCACCGCCAAACCGGUCAUGCUGGAGGAUGUUGCAGGCAACAGAACGUUCUCCACGGCGUCUCCAGACUCUGUCACGUCUGCCACGUGCUCAGUGUGAACCUGCUUUCAUCUGUGAAGAGCACAGGGCGCCAGUGGCGAAUUUGCCAAUCUUGGUGUUCUCUGGCAAAUGCCAAACGUCCUGCACAGUGUUGGGCUGUAAGCACAACCCCCACCUGUGGACGUCGGGCCCUCAUACCACCCUCAUGGAGUCUGUUUCUGACCGUUUGAGCAGACACAUGCACAUUUGUGGCCUGCUGGAGGUCAUUUUGCAGGGCUCUGGCAGUGCUCCGCCUGCUCCUCCUUGCAGAAAGGCGGAGGUAGCAGUCCUGCUGCUGGGUUGUUGCCCUCCUACGGCCUCCUCCACGUCUCCUGAUGUACUGGCCUGUCUCCUGGUAGCGCCUCCAUGCUCUGGACACUACGCUGACAGACACAGCAAACCUUCUUGCCACAGCUCGCAUUGAUGUGCCAUCCUGGAUGAGCUGCACUACCUGAGCCACUUGUGUGGGUUGUAGACUCCGUCUCAUGCUACCACUAGAGUGAAAGCACCGCCAGCAUUCAAAAGUGACCAAAACAUCCUGCCAGGAAGCAUAGGAACUGAGAAGUGGUCUGUGGUCACGACCUGCAAAACCAGUCCUUUAUUGGGGGCGUCUUGCUAAUUGCCUAUAAUUUCCACCUGUUGUCUAUUCCAUUUGCACAACAGCAUGUGAAAUGUAUUGUCAAUCAGUGUUGCUUCCUAAGUGGACAGUUUGAUUUCACAGAAGUGUGAUUGACUUGGAGUUACAUUGUGUUGUUUAAGUGUUCCCUUAAUUUUUUUGAGCAGUGUAGCUGUCAUUCAACAACAGAACUAUCCUGUAAAGAUACCACAGACCCUGUCCCUGUUACAUUUCUGUUAUAACUACACAUUAUUUCAGUAAAAAGUGAUCUUCAGAUUUUACCUGCGAGGGACUGGUGCCGCGUACAAAACAACUGGUAUUAGGAUAUUAGGAACUAGGAUAUUUCCGACUUCAGUGCGUUCAAGACAACAGGGAAAUCUUUCUAGAGCAGGGUUUCCCAAACUCAGUCCUAGGCCCCGGCCUCCUGGGUGCAUGUUUAGUUUUUUCCCCUAGCACUACACAGCUGAUUCAAAUAACCAACUCAUCAUCAAGCUUUAAUUAUUUGAAUCAGCUGUGUAGUGGUAGGGCAAAAACCAGAACGUGCACCCAGGGUGGCCCCAGGACCGAGUAUGGGAAACCCUGUUCUACAGCUCCGGCUUUCCGACCUGAAGAUCACGGACAUCAUGUUUUGACCUCAUUUUUUUCCCCCGAGUUCCCAGUUGUCUUGAAAGCACAUACCAAAGACAGUACAGUAUGAAGAUAAUCAGAAACUGCUUCUCCAAUAGAAAUCCCGUAUCACACUUGUAGGCAAUGAUGAUAAUAUCAAUAACAUCCAUAUUGUUUUCAUUAUUAAUCUCCAUUAUUCGCUACACCCUUUUGGGGCUUGUCUAAUGUCUUACCUCGACGUCUGUGUUUCAAACGGGACACCUUUGAACCUUUUUUCAGCCAUCGUUUUAUUUACAUACUGUACCAUCUUUGACCAUGAGCUGGAUCACUCAUUGAGCUAUAACAAGAACGGUGUCGCUCCUAAAAUCUCUUCAUUCCACUACCCAGAAGGGAGGUCCUGAAAAUGUUAAAUAUUAAACAAGCUUGAAAGGGUUUCAUUAAUUGGUUUCAUAUUUUGUUGAUUCAGGCCAGCAACAAGAGACAAUAAAUAAAACAGAAAAGUUAAAAGACCCUAAUAACCAUCUAACUGGUUUCAUAACUAUUGAUGUCUGUGUCCAGGUGUCUGUGGUGAACAUGUGUGGUCACUCCUCCUCCUCCUCCAUCCUGGGGAAGCUCUACCAGCAGACUGCCCUGCCUAGCAACAGGUAAUAACACACAAUAACCCCCCCCACACACACGUCCUAGAGACCCCUGUAUCUGUCCGUAGUCAAUACCCAGUCCAGAGGAGUAAACCCUGGCCCUACGCCCCCCACUUGAUGGCCCUGGCUCCUGUACCAGUAACACCCAGACCUCUCCUCUGCAGCAUCCGGACCAGCAGAGGGACAGAAUCAACCACACCCACCACGGUAAGCAUAGGGUGAGGGGAUUAGGACUACAGUUCAACUAAUGAAUGAAUGUUGGGAUGAUAGAGUUAGGGACUACAGACAGGCUUUAGUGUUGACAGUCCUAUGAUCAGGGGUUAAAUUGGGCAUUUUGGAGUUGAAGUUAUCCUAAAACUAGCUUCAUGUCCACAUCCUGGUUCAACCCAAACCCUAAAUACAACUAACCCUAGCUUUAUGUUCAACCCAAACCUUGGUUUGUCAUACUUUUCUCUUCGGACCCAUAAAACUGCAGGAGCUUGGCACCGGCUCAAUUUAACCACGGCUUAUGAGUGACAAUGUGUGUUGACCAUCUCUGACCCUAGCUGCAGGCAGGAACCCCUCAUAGCUCAGCCAGAGAGAGGCAGGACCGGAGCAGGGUGUGGCCGUGUGGACAGAGACUGAGGGGAAGGUAGGGACACACACAAUGACACACGGAUGUAAGGAAGAUGCACUUUUAGCAUGUAUUUUGUUUUCCAGUUCCUCACGCAACCUUUUCCCUCUUGUACUCUGCUCACAUCCCCAAUCUCAGUUUGCGUCCUCUGUGUAUAGUGGAGGUCUCCAGUCCGACGGUUGAACAGUGUCGAGGGAUACAACCGCUCUGUCAGCCCCUCAGAACAAAAAAAAACCCCACCAGUCAGCUCCUGAAGGUUAGUAUUGGCCCAAAACCAAAGAACACCAGGGUCAGAAAAGUAGGAUUGUUUAAUUUGCACACCAAAAAGCCUUUUCUAUUUGUAAAAGCAGGAGUUGGUUAAAAUGUUAACAGAUCAUGUAUUGUUUUGCCGUGUGUGCUGUUCACUGUUCUACCAUAAGAUGGUGAUGUGGCACUUCUCAUCAACACUGCAGCACAGCAGGAGGCUGUAGAGAAGAAAUAA